GGCAAUGACAGCUAGCGAGAUUCACGUCUCGCGUUUCUCUCUCUAUGGUGCGUUUGAUUCAAGUUCUGUGUUUGAAUAAGUAAAUUUAGUAAAUAUUCGUGCACGUGCAACGUGAAUAUUGAAGAUGAAGAUCAAGCGAAUUAGGAAGCUGAAGCGUAGGAAGACAUACAAUGCGAAUGUAAAUCGCAAGAGGCUACGUAAUAAAUUACGAAAGAAGUAUCUGCCGACAAUCGAAUGCGAUGAGAUAAAAAAAGAAUGGUCGGAAACGAAAUCCAUGCGAGUCAAUUUGAAAGACAUGGGUUUGGCGUACAAUCCGAAUGAAGCGAUACAAAUUCCUAAUUCGAAGCACGAGAUGUUAGAGGAGGCUAAGAGAGUAAUUCGGGAAGAUGAAAGCUCGUCGGAUCAGGAAACUGAAGUUACAACUCCGGUGAAAAGUCACGUGGCAAAGAAAUUGGAAGCCGGAGCAAAAGCACCUCGAGUGCAUCUCUUAAGGUUACCGAAAGGACAAGCUGAAUUUUUUACUUACUUGAUAAAACAAUACGGCGAAGAUUACAAGGCAAUGUCGAGAGAUAAGAAGAACCAUUAUCAAUUAACCUGGAAACAAAUACGAGCGAAAAUAAAAAUGUUUAAAGGUAUUCCCGAACAGUAUAACGAAUAUCUUCAAAAUGACAGCGAUAAUUGAAGUCAUAAUUUAAAUAAAUGUAACUUAUACCUUUAGAUUAAAUUUAAUGCUAUAUGUACAAAUAAAAACAAUGAUUUGAAUAUACUAAA